AUGAGCUCGAUGGGCCAUGCUGGAAGCUCGAUGCUCACACCGAUAAGCAGGUUUCAUGCUAUCCAAACUCCCAGCCCCAAUUCUACAAAACAUGCUCGAGAGUAUAACAGUUUACAACUAAGCCUCAAAAGCGUCGUCGGUACCACUUCAAAUUCUGUUAAUGCCUUUGAUGCGCUUCCUGAACGCCACAGCUUUGUCUGUUGCGCCGGCUCCGCCACUGUGCUUUCUCGAGUCGAUGAGCAUCUCAAUAUCAUCCAGCGACUAUUCAGGGCCAGACCGAAUGCAUUACCAGUCAAUGCAACUCCAUCAUUCUACAAUCCAGCAACGCCACCCAGUACUCCGGGAAAGAGUCGACAUGGAUCGCCUCUCAAGGACGGAGGUUGUGGGACAAUACAAAACAGCUUGCUGGACUAUCCUCCAGAUUCACCAAGUCAUGGUAGGCCCAACAACCGGAGCAGAGAAACAUCGUGCGUGUCACUAAGCCGCGGAGGUGAUCUUAUGGCUGUUGGAGAGACGGGAUAUAAUCCAAGAGUGCUUAUUUUCUCUACAGCGUCUGAUAGUCCAUCGGACGUCCCAUUGUCUAUCCUUGGCGACCAUAGCUUCGGGAUCUCCUCCGUUGCAUUCUCUCACGACUCCCGUUGGCUUUGCACUCUUGGAAAUAAUUAUGACGGGUUCAUACUUAUAUAUUCAAUCAAUGCGAAGACCGGAUCGGCUAGGUUACAUUCUAGUAACAAGUGCAGUAAUGUGCAUCGUGUUACGUGGCUGGGUCACAGCGUAGUCAGUAUUGGAAUUCGCCAUGCCAAGGUCUGGCGGAUUCCUCUCGAAUUGGACAAUAAUGGCAUAGGACCACAUGGGAGUCUAACGCCAAAGGCUUUUGCAGGGCGGAAUUGCGUACUUGGACCUCUGAUGGAUGCAACAUUUACCAGCGUCGCCGCGAUAUCCGACUGUAAGGCUAUCCUCUGUACUGCGCAAGGCGAUAUCUGCCUUCUGGACGACAGCCACCGGACGCAGCGACUUGAGAGAGUUGCUCAGGUCGACUUUGGCAUCCUCUGCGUUGUUUUCGAUCAUAUGUACGGGCUUGUUUGGAUUGGAGGCAGGCAAGGCACUAUGAGGUCCUUGCAUCUAGAUACCUUGAUCAAGCCUACAAUACCAACAGUCCCACAUGGUACCACUUUGCCUUUCUCCUCAACCAGCUCAGACAUGGUGCCUGAUAUUAUGGCUAUUGGGCUCGUGCGCGGUAGGGUCAUCACAAUUGACUCCCACCGAAUUAUUGAGAUUCAGGGAGCAGCAGACACCGAAAGAGCUUCUGGGGGUUCCGAUUCCAAAAGACUGCCUGCCCACGAGAGUGCUGUACUUGGGGUGUCCAGCCUGCUGCCCAAAUCCAGGGUCGAUGGCCCUGAUUUUCUUACCUUUUCAGCAAGAGGUACUGUACUAUUCUGGUUGCUCGACGGUACAUGCACUGGCAGCAUGAAGAUUCCUCUGGAGCAGCCAGUCUAUCCAGAAGAUGGCGAUACCAAUGAUCUAAAGAUAGUGGUUCCUUUAGGGUCUGACGAGCAUCUGCUUUCAGGCGAUAAAAUCGGUGUUUUGCGACUCAUUGAUCGAUCUGCCGACACGGACGUGGCUGUUCAGGCGCAUAGCGGAGAUAUGAAUGGCAUAGCUGUCGCCAACACAGCGGGUUUGACUAUCGUUGCGACUUGUGGACGAGAUAGGACCUUGCAGCUUUUUCGGAAGCAUGAAUCCCGCCUGGACCUUCUUCAGACCUUGAAUGACCAUGCGGCAGCCGUUGGCGACGUUAAAUUUUUAGACAAGGCCACUCUCAUAUCGAUAUCAUCAGACAGGACGAUAAUUGUGCGAAAGCUAGCCCAUGGAGAAGAGCAGUCGAUAGCGUUUUUAUCCAUCAGGGUCAUCACACUCAAGGCCAGCCCCGUGUCCCUCACAGCGGUACCUGCCGAGCCGAACGUAGUGUCGGUUUCCACAUUGGACAGGCAAAUUCUGAGAUAUAAUGUGUCUUCUGGCCGUCUUCUGCACAGCUUCAAGCCUUCAGACCCUAUGAGCGGCGACAGCGUGAUGAUGAGCUCGCUAGAGGUACACGAGCUCGAUGACAUGGCAACAGCGUCGCGCUUACUUUUGGGCGUCUCUUCCACCGACAAGUCCAUUAGAAUUCACGAAUACGACUCGGGAGCAAUGUUGACUAGAGAGUAUGGACAGAAUGCGGUUUCCGCUAUCAAGCUCCUCCGAAGAUGUGUACAAGGCGAGUCUCCUCGUAAUCACCUAGUCAGCUGUGGCCUUGAUGGUACAGUGAUGACGUGGAGUUUGUCUUGCAACCCGCCAAAACCAACUGGAUCUCACGAUACCCCCAAUGGCGAAGAAUCACCUUCGAGACAAACACCGCCAUCCGCCCAACCUCUGAGACAAAUUCUGUCGAAGGCAGAACUCUCAGAGUUCCAGAAAUCUUUGGCAAGCCAGGGCGACACAAUGACUCCGAUACGAGCAUCUUCUUCGUCUCGCGUCCGACGCAAGAUUUCCAGAUAUACUUUGGCUGCUGUGCCCAAGAUCUCCGCUCCGGCAUUUCCACUCCCUGUAGGCGCUUCGCUGUCUCCUGCAAAUGGAAGAAUUCAGCGCCAGACCUCGCAAGACCACUCACGGGCCCCAUCAAGUCAGAAGAAUGCUUUCAGCUCUAGCUCUAAACCUCCUUCUUUGGACAGUCGACGACGGACCAAGAGCGCAGCGAACCUCAACGAUCUUAAUGAGUUGGGGGAGCAGAUGUGCAUAUCAUUGCGUACGUUCCGAAAUAGGAUCACCUCGUCAUCAGUGGCCAAGCUCGAGCAUGGCACGCUUCAAGAGCUGGCUAAGGAGCUCAACCUUACCAUUCGUGCUCUCAAUCAGAUUGCGAGUAGCAAGUGUGUAGGCGGCGAGCCUAUGGGGGCCGACGUCCUAGAUGUGUACCUGGCUAAAAUGAUCGAUGAAAGAUUGUCUAUGAAAGCAAAAUCUCAAGAGAUUAAAUUCGUUGAUGGCCCGCAGACUGAAGCGAAGAGCCUUGAGGAGCUUGUUAACCCGAAUGCUGGUGCACAGGAGGGAGCCUUGGAAUUGGAAUAA